UCUCUAUAAGUGAUGCGCGUAUGUUUACUCCACACUGUCCAAAUGAACAGGAAGUGAAAAUGAGACAUGAACUCCACAGCAAUGUGAUCUGCAAAUACACCCGCCUGUACAGACCCAGUUACAGACGUCCCUUUCAGCAAGAAGUCUGAGAACCUCUCUAUAAGGAAACGAGAAGAAGACGUUAUCCGAUGGCAUCGCACUAAAAACGGUUUUCGGUAUUCCCUUUAUUUUACGAUGGAAUAUAAAAACACGGUGUAUGUAUAUGUUUCGAGUCUCUUUCAAAGUUUGUACGGACGGACAGGACCGUUAAAGUUGGAUCGUUUAGAUGUACAAACGUCAAAGGUUAGAGUCGUGGGAACUCUGCCCAAUAUAGGGCGAAAACGCCGGUUCCACAUUAACCAAAACAUUCAAGAUCGUCAAGAGAGUUGAACUUCCUGUUUUGAGUCUCGUGUGCUACUCCUCCCUCUGUGCUCUUCCUGAACAUUUCAAGCAGCUCAAAGGAGCUUUCCAAAAACCUGCUGAGCGAGGCGAGCUCACACCGUCGCUGCAGACGUGUGCGCCAAGGGUGACGACGCGGCACUCCGGCUCCUAGCAUGACAGAAGCGUGUCGGGCGUGACCAUGUCUUCCGAGUUACCCGAAGAGGACCUGUCGUGCCCCGUGUGCUGUGACAUCUUCAGCGAUCCCGUCCUGCUCCCGUGCAGCCACAGCUUCUGCCGGUCCUGCCUGCAGAACUUUUGGGGAAGUUCGGUUUUCCGGAGCUGUCCCAUGUGCAGGAGGAGAGUCUCGAAAAAGCAACCUCCGAGCAACCUGGCUCUGAGGAAUUUGUGCGAGGCCUUCGUGCAGACCCAGAACUCUAGACGUGAGAACGAGAAGAAAGCGGCGUGCCCGCAGCACGCCGAGAAGCUGAAGCUCUUCUGCGUGGAUGACCAGCAGCCCAUCUGCGUGGUGUGCCAAGCCUCAAGAAUGCACAGGGGUCACGACUGCGCUCCCACAGACGAGGCCGCUCUGGACUGUAAGGAGAAGCUCGAGUCUGCUCUGAAGAUGCUUAAAGACAAGCUGGAUGUCGUGACUAAACUCAGAAUGACUUCAGCUAUGGCGCUCGAGCAUAUCAGGAGUCAGGCCCAGCUUCUAGAGAACCAAAUGAAGCAUGAGUUCAUGAAGCUUCACCAGUUUCUGCGUGAGGAAGAGGAGGCCCGGCUCUCCGCGCUGAAGGAGGAAGAGAUGAAGAAGGUCCUUGCUAUAAAGGAAAGAGAUGAAGAGCUGAGGAACAGGAUCUCUUCUCUCUCAGACAUCAUCAGUCGCACCGAGCAGGAGAUCGCUGAUGAUGAUCUGACGCUGCUGCAGAACUUCAAAUCUGCCAUGGAGAGAACUCAGAGUUCACCACCAAAUCCAAAGGGGUUUUAUGGGGCGUUAAUAGAUGAGGCCAAGCACCUGAGUAACCUGAAGUUCAGGGUCUGGGAGAAGAUGCAGGAAGUUGCUCCUUACUCUCCUGUGACUCUGGACCCGAACACGGUGCACCCGUGUCUCAGGCUGUCGGAAGACCUCAGUAGCGUCCAUUACAGCAGCAUGGGUCGUCCUCUCCCCACCAAUCCAGAGCGCUUCUGCAUGAGCGCAGAGGUUGUCGGCUCGACGGUUAUCGGCUCGGGCACGCACGCCUGGGAGGUGGAGCUAGAAGAGAGCGAUGACUGGAUCCUGGGCGUAGCCAGCGUGUGCGUUAAGAGGGACUCGGAGGUCCCGGCACGCCCGGAGAACGGGUACUGGACACUGUGCAUGCGGGACGGAGAGUACAGGGUCAUGGCGUCGCCUGUAAGGACACUGAAGGUGGACAAGAAGCUGCAGAAAGUGCGAGUGGACGUGGACUGGGAUGCAGGGGAGGUUUGUUUCUCCUGUCCCGAGGACGGGCAAAUGCUGCACAGGUUCACGCAGACGUUCGUGGACAAGGUGGUGCCGUAUUUCUACACACAGAGUAGAAAGCCUCUAAGGAUUGUUCCACAACCGGUGAUGAUUUCAAUGAAGAAAAACUGAGAUGUAUGGAAUAAAUGUGUAAACAGGAAGUAGCUUAUGCUUUGGGGUACUGACGAGAAGGUCAAGAGUUCAAAUCCCAACACUAAAAAGCUAAAAGGUCCUUGAGCAAAAACCUUUAAUCCUCAACUUCUCAGGAGUAUUCUCUCACAACCUGAGUCGCUUUGAAGGAAAGAGUCAGACAAAAGAGUAAAAACGUAUGUGUACAACUUUAACUGUAAUGGCUUGAGAGUGGAGUUUCCUGUCUUCUUGUUCCUGUUUACUUCCUGUUUGGCUGCUCAUCCCCAAAAUCCUAAGAACCAGGGGCACUGAAUCUUUAAAGUCACCCAAAACACACUUUUACCCUGAAGAGGAAAUGUAGAUACAGUACCAAUACUUGGUACUGUGGUGUUGUCUGGUGCACGUUUGCAUAUUAGAACCUGAUUGGCCCUUGUAUUUUAUGAUGUAAUAACACCUGCCUGACACAUGUUCAGCACUGAAACAUAUUAUAUUUUUCAGUCAGAUAUUUAGCUUCCUUGUGUUUCCUGAAAUAAAAACUUACUCAUCUUCAGGAACCGCUUUAUCCUGGUCAGGAUCCGGAGUCUAUCCCGGGAACAAGAAGGGAACGCACCCGGGAUGAGACACCGGUCCGUCUCGCCAAUCUUUUUGGGAGGUGGGAGGCAACCGGAGAGCUUGGAAGUACGUCAACGUGGACACGGGAGAACAUAUGAAAACUCCAGAGCUCAGGAUUGAACCAGGGAACCUGGAGCUGUGAGGCAACCACAGUACCACUCUGAUAAUAAUAAUAUUAAUAAUAAUAAUAAUAAUAAUAAUAAUAAUGAUUGAAGAACAUGUUUUUUAAAUAGUCUGGCUGGUAAAAAUGAAAUAAAAACGUGUAUAGUGUGUAUUUUUAAUGUAUUUCUUAAAAAAAAAAAAAAAAAAAAGCUGCUGGAAUAAAAACAGUAGAUUUUGUAUGGUUCAGAUUUUAUUUAUUUGCCAUUACAUGAAGUUUUAUUUUGAAUUUAAUGAAUCAAAUAUGUAAAUAUCCUGUAUCUAAUGAUUGCUAGAUAGGCCAAAUGUGAAUAAAAAAUAUAUCUCCA